AUGAGUGAUGGUAGUAGCGAUGACGAGAAAGGUGGGGGCAAACAGCCGUUGAGACGCUCCACCGCUGCACGUGAGCCUGAAACCUUGGCGCAGUGCAGCAUGCGGACAAUGUACGACAGCGACCCGCAGAUACAGCAUACUCGUCGGCAGCAGCAGCAGCAGCAGCGCUCCUUGGUUGUGGACAACCACCGUGCAGGACAUGGUUCCAGGCAUAAAUGGAGCAACGAAGAGAUCAUCUUCAACGCCAGCAGUGGUAGCGGCGACAGCGAGAAUGACACGACGACUGGGACUAGCAGUAGCUCGAGUGUCAGUGCAGCACCUUCCACUGGUAGCGCGGACAACAAUAGAGAUGGCGGUGUUUCCCCCCAAUACUUUGAUCCGACCUCCAGCGCGAAACGUGGCUACAAGCUGAGCCACACAGUGUCACCGGAGACAUGGGAUAGAGCAAUCGCGGCUGUGGAGCAGCAGGGGAUGAGUCUGCGCGCCGCUGCCAGAACUUACGGUGUGCAUUUUGCAGCUCUCCAUCGCCGCGUGAAGAAGCGUGCGCAGGGAGGACAUUCGUCCAAGGGCACCAAUGGUUACUUUCAUCAGAGCGAUGAGGCCGGAAUCAUGCGCGUGGUGGUGGCCCGCGCGGAGCUGGGCGUGUUGAUGACGUUUAAUGAGCUUAUGAAACUGGUCGAGGUGGCUGCGUUGCGCAAACUUCCGGACAUCUCGGUGGCGAAUGCGCGCGAGCUGAUGGUACGCUUUCAGUCACGCAAUGAGCAGUCGGUUCGGCAUAUUAUCGUGGACUGGCCGCCAUCGGUGCCCACGACGUCAUUGGGCCCAGUUGCCAGCCACCAUCAUCUGGAGCACCCAGGCUAUGAUUACAGAUCCAAGUCCUCACCGCCAUCGACGAGCCGCAAAUGCUCGCGGCAUACUGUUGUGGGUGGCUCGGCAACCGAAGUAAUUGUGCGCGCGGCGCCUUUGCACCUUUUGCUGCCUUCCUCCUCCAUUAACGGCAGCACCUCUUCCAUCAUCUCAUCCGUCAAUGACAACCAACCCAUGUUGCCGAGUUUGAGUGUCGGCAUGCAAUACAUGCGGCCCCUGCUCAGCAACAGCAACUGCAAUCUCAGCGCGUAUCUCGUGACAAAAAUUGAUUUGAAGAAGAAGAAACUAGUGUUCAUGCGAAUACAGCUUACUAUUAAAUAA